AUGAUGCAGACGGGCCUCAUACCGAAUGCUCACAGCGACCUCGUCACGGACGCGUCCUACGACUUCUACGGUCUUCGCCUCGCGACGUGCAGUCUCGACCAAAGAAUCAAAAUCUGGAGACUCGACGAGAAUAGCGGGACUUGGAGUGUGGAAGAUGAUUGGAAGGCCCACGACGCCUGUAUCUCCAAAGUCAGCUGGGCACACCCAGAAUUUGGCACAGUGAUCGCCUCCGGGUCGUUCGACCGAACUGUCAAGGUAUGGGAGCAAGCCAAUCCCGGCGACGGCGACGGACCGCAGCUGAACGGAGGCGCGGGCCCCUCGAGCGGGUCGCGAUGGAUAGAGCGGGCGAUGCUCGUAGACGCGAAGGGGACUGUGCGCGCCGUUGAGUUCGCGCCGCAUCACUUUGGGUUGAAACUGGCGACAAUAUCGUCCGACAACCACCUGCGUGUGUAUGAAUGCUUGGAGCAGCCGUCGCUCGCGACAUGGCAGCUGUUGGAGGAGGUGGACGUGACGGCCCUGCCGUCAGCGUCUGCACCGCGCUCGAUCGCGCCGACUGUCACUCUGACUACACCGACGCAACCGUCUGCAACGCUCGACGGGGCCAGUGUCUCACUCGCAGCCCAUGCCGCACAGCAGCAAAGCCAGCUGCCCAGCAGACCAGGGCUCGGUUAUAGAGAAGCGGACGGAGGGUGGUGCAUAUCAUGGUGUAAAGACCGAUAUUGGGGAGAGAUCAUAGCGGCGGCGAGCGGGAUCAACGGCCUCGUCAAAAUCAUCCAACUCUCUGCCGCUCGGACUCCAUCAACCAUCCUCACGCUUGAUCCGACGCCUGCGCCACGCCCGCCAGGCGACGGCGCCGCACGAGGAAUAGCAUCACCGGGUGACGGUGAUGCGCCUCAGCCAUACGCGAUCACAGCCGUUUCGUGGGCCCCAUCAUGCGGCCGCUCCUACCACCUCGUCGCCACCGGGGGCCGCGAUGGCCACGUACGGAUAUGGCGCGUGAAGCCGCCUACAUUGGAGGACGGCGGGGACACCGACGGCACAGAUGCGUCUGAUACACGGUGGUCUGCUGCUGUAGUAGCUGAUUUUGACGACCACAAGUCAGGCGUAGGGCGUGUCGAAUGGAACAUCACAGGCACCGUCCUCUCUUCUGCAGGGAAUGACGGGCGUGUGCGUCUUUGGAAGAUGACCGCGGGCAACGUAUGGCGACCCGCUGGGCACAUCAGCGUCGAACAGGCCGAAGAACAGGCAGCCGAUGUCGACAUGGACGACAACCCUGUAUAG